AUGCACAUCCUUGCUUUAGUUCCUGAGUCCGCCUCCACCCCAUCUCUAUCCAAGCCCCAUCAACCUCUAUCCCAGCCCCAGCACCAGCCCCACCCCAUCUCUACCCACCCCACAACUACCCCAGUCCCACUCCACCAACCUCUACCCCAGUCCCACUCCACCCACCCUCUACCCCAGUCCCACUCCACCCACUUCUACCCCAGUCCACCUCCACCCACCUCUACCCCAGUCCCACUCCAUCCACCUCGACCCCAGUCCACCUCCACCCACCUCUAUCCCAGUCCACCUCCACCCACCUCUACCCCAGUCCACCGCCACCCACCUCUACCCCAUUCCCACCCCACCCACCUCUACCCCAGUCCACCUCCACCCACCUCUACUCCAGUCCACCUCCACCCACCUCUACCCCAGUCCCGUUCCACCCACCUCUACCCCAGUCCCACUCCACCCACCUCUACCCCAGUCCCACUCCACCCACCUCUACCCCAGUCCACCUCCACCCACCUCUACCCCAGUCCCACUCCCACCAACCUCUACCCCAGUCCCACUCCACCCACCUCUACCCCAGUCCCCCUCCACCAACCUCUACCCCAGGCCCACUCCACCCACCUCUACCCCAGUCCCACUCCACCCACCCACCUCUAUCCCAGUCCCAGUCCCACUCCACCAACCUCUAAUCCCAGUCCCACUCCACCCACCUCUACCCCAGUCCCCCUCCACCCACCUCUACCCCAGUCCCACUCCACCCUCUCCACCGCUAUGCCAGUCCCCUUUCCCUUCCCCUUCCACUCCACCUCAACCCCAAUCUACUUCCCCUGUCCAUUAACAUCAUGUGUCCAUUGA